AUGACGCUCGAUGUGGUCAGAGAUGGCCUUGAAAAACAGUUCCAAGUUAUACUUAGCACACAGGUAAAGUGGCAAGGUACAGUGAUCAAGUCGGGAGAAAUAUUCACGUCUCUCGCUUACAAUUUAGUGCGUGAGCUUAGGCUCUCGGAGGCCGAAAAACCAAGCCAAACAUUGCGGUCUUUUAAAUUGGUUCCGGAAAGCGCUCCGGCAUCCACACUAUUUCUCGCUGGUGACGCCGAUGAAGCCGCGCACCUCGCAUCCGCUGAGCGGAUAGAGGGUGAUUUUGAUUGCCUUGAGGGACACUUACGGCAGCUUUGUGACCACGUUAAGUCGGUGGAGAAGGCAAUCCAUCGCCUCACUGCCUUGCGAAAUUUGGGUUGCCGUAGCUCCUCCUUGCCAUCCCCGAGAGGAGACAGCGGCGACGGAGCAGAGCACUUCCCGAUCGAGCUGCUCUCGUGGCAAGCCCUCCUCAGCGAGUGCCAAGCCCUCCUCAACCGUUUACGGGCUGACCUAGCCUUCCGCGGAGGUCUACUUCGCUGCCUCGCUCGUUAUGUAUUUACAUGCUCCACCCGUGGUGACUUCGGCGCCCCCCAACGCCUCUGCUUCCUCUGGCGCCAGGCUGACCAAGUCGUCAAGUGGGAGAACGUCACCGGCUUGGUUGAGGAAAUACUCUCCUAA